AUGUCCGUCCGACAGACGAGGCGCCAGGCCGCCCAGGCCGCUGCCGCUGCCGCCGAAUCCCCAAAAGUCGUAGUCGAAGAGCCAACCGAACAGGUCACGAUGAACGGAAAUGGCAAUGGAGCUACCAGAACGGAACCCUCGGAGAGUGGUCCCAAGGAGAAUAUUUUCCUAUUCUGGCCCAACAUCAUCGGCUACUCGCGCAUUGUCCUCGCCAUUGCCUCUCUCUACUACAUGCCCCUCCACCCACGAACAUGCUCCCUGCUAUACAGCGUGUCCUGCCUUCUGGAUGCCCUCGACGGUUACGCGGCGCGCGCUUUCGAGCAGUCGACGCGCUUCGGUGCCGUCCUCGACAUGGUCACUGAUAGGUGCACCACUUCGUGCUUGCUGGUUUUCCUGUCUUGCGCGUUCCCUCGAUGGACCAUUGUUUUCCAGAUGCUCCUCUCCCUCGACUUCUCUAGCCACUACAUUCAUAUGUAUGCCACCCUGACCAUGGGAGGCUCCGAUACCAGUCACAAGAAUGUCGACAAGAGCCGCAGUUGGCUCCUGAACCUGUACUACACCAACAAGACCGUCUUGUUUGUUUUCUGUGCAGCCAAUGAGCUCUUCUUCAUUGCGCUCUACCUCCUCUCCUUCUCCUCCCCGCUCCUCUCGCCGUCUCUGCUCAACUCUGUCUCGAACUCCGACGCCGCUCAGAUUCAGGCUGGUGCGCAGGUCAACACUUCUCUGCUCAGCCAGAUCUUCCCGAAUCCUUACAGCGCCGCCGCUCUCGAGAUGGCCCGCGCAAACAAGAUGGACUCUUUCUGGCCGUGGGUGCUUACUGGCGUCAGCUUUCCCAUCAUGGCCAUGAAGCAGUUCAUCAAUGUUGUGCAAAUCGUCAAGGCGAGCAAGUGGCUUGCCGAGGGCGAUCUCGCAAUGAGGCGGGCGCAGGGUCUUCCAAGGAAGGUGAAGAGCACCUAA